CCACAACGUCAGAGAAGAAAAUUAAAUUUCGGAACGAUUUUGUAGAAAGCCAUUCUCAAAGCCUUUGGAUGUGUUACAACUCUUGGAAGUAACAAGCUAAAUAGAAGACAACUUUUGUGAUCAACCUCAUCAACAUCAUCAUUAUCAAGUAUUAUCUCGAGAACAAUGUCAAAGAGAAGUCUAUAUGAUUUCAUAAGCAAAUAUGAUUAUUGUGAAGGUGAACUCGCUGAACGAAUUAGUGAUUGCGAAGAGGAUCAUGAUAAUAGUACUGCUAGUAAAAAGGCUAAAACAUCCAAUGAAUUGUUAUCAACAACAGAAUCAUCACAGCAGAACAUCAAUUACACAUCCGAAAUGUUAAAGUUUACCAAUGCAAAUGAUGAUCAACAUCACAAUAAUAACGGAUCAACAUCAUCAAGCAAUAAUACUGACAGGAUUAAUGGUAAUAAUCGCUACAAGCGACCUCUCUCUCCAAGCAUAUUUGGCCCAGAAGAUCGUGAUCAUGAUUGGCAUACUCCUUUCGUCUCAGUAGAACAUACUUUUGCAUAUAAUAAUCAGGAUGAUUUCGAUGAACAAUACGCAAGAGCCCUUCAAAACUCUCUCAAUGAUGGUGAUAGUGUUAUGUGCACAAAUUAUGAUUUAAACUCUGAUGUACCACGAGCCUUCCAAGCUGAAGUUCAUCAACCAACAAUCACUUUGGAAGAAUUUUCAGCCCAGCUUGCUUCUCAAAUUACACCUUCUUCAUCCCACACCAUGCGCGAUGACUAUCCAACUGGUUUAUCGACCAAACUCUAUCCCGAAGGUUACUCGACCCUUCUCUAUCCCAAAAGUGAAACCAAGAACUCGAAUGAUUAUUCAUCAAGUUGUUUUGGUGAUGAAGAACAUGAGAAGAAGAAAAAUAAUUUUAAAAAUAAUUCCAACAAAAAGAAUAACCUCCACGCAGCUAAAGAGACUCGUAGAGAAGAAGAACAACGACCACUAACAGAGCAGCAGCAAGAUAUAACAAAUAGUCGCGACUCGAAUAGUACUGACUGGCUUGAUAGAAGCAAUUCGACACCAAUUGUUAACGAUUCAAGGAAACAAAAGAGAUCCAUCUCUAUCGAAGAAGAAGACAUUGUUGAUUUAUCAGAUCAAUCAUCUAAUAAUAAUAAUAUUACUGCUUUUGAUCAGCAACAAGUACAACAAAAAACAUCAUCAGAAAAUAAUUUAUUGAACACAAUGCCAAUCCAAAGUGCAACUGAAGGAAGUGAAUCAUCCGAUCAUCCAACACUUACUUCCCAAAAUUCCAAAAGACUCCAACAAGUUCCAGGUGUAAAUUCUGCACCAACAACAACUAGUGAACCAACCUCCCCUACCAACACUGGUAAUUCUGUUGCAUCAGUAGCAGAACAAAACACUUCCUCUCAUGUAAAUACCAAAACAACAAGACUCUUUUCUGAAGAGAUUGCCUUUAGACACUUGAUUUGCAUCAACCCAAAGAAUGUUGGUGAGGUAUCUAGUUAUCAAAUAGCACUGACUUUCGAUGAAAAUAGUUCCUACACAAGUAAGACAGAACCACCAUCAAAGCAAUGCCUAUUCAAGGUUGGAGCCAAAUAUGACCUCAAGAGAUUGAUUGAAUUAAUUUCCGAUCAUUCCACCAUGCCUAUCACAACAGUCUGUUUCAAAAAGACACUCGGAGAAAGACAAAAAAUUAUUCCACUUUCAACAAAACUUUCAAUCUUUGAAAAAAUUACUCUCCAAAAACCAGUAACCCUCUUCAUUAAUGGUAAUGAAUUUGUUGAAUUGGACUAUGGCCAUAUGUACACAGAAGCUGGUAAUGACCUUUUCAGAGAAAAGAAAUUCGAGGAAGCUCGCGAAUGCUACAAUACUGCAACCAAACGUUAUCCAAAUGAUUCAAGAGUGUUAUCAAAUAGAGCUCUUUGUUUAAUCAAACUUGGUAAUUUUUAUCAAGCUUUUAAUGAUUUGUCAACUGUCAUUGCAGACAAGAACGAAUCAACAUUACUCGAUAAGGUAUUACAUAGAAGAGCUCAUGCUGCCUCUGAGCUUGUAAAGAAUUUGACACCUAAUGACGAAAUGACCAACUUUAUCAACUCUCUUGUUGCAAAUACCAUUGUUAAGGAUGAAUCAUUGGAAGUCAAAUUACAUUACCUCUGUUUGAAGGAUAUGCAAAGCUAUUUCCAAAAGGUUGGUAUUCUUGGUGAUUACGCAACAGUCAUCAGAAAGAAGGAGGUCGAAUUGAAUGAUGUGAAAUUAAUCAGGUCAUUCCACUACUUGUUACAUAAUGCUCCUAAAGUGCUUAAUUACUGUCUUAUAACAAAGCGUGAGUUGACAGAUCUCAAGCAAACAACAGUCUUCCCAUCAUCUAUCUAUAGCCCAGAAAAUAAGGAUUCAUCUUUAAUUCAUACACCUAUGCCUUUCUGCUCACGUGAAUGGUAUGAUUCAGAAAUGGCCAGAUAUGAAGAGUUAUUUAGUGUAAAAUUGUGGAAACCAUUCUAUGAUAAUAAUGAAAAUAUUCAUGGAAAGCAAAUGUCAUCACAAGAACUUUACAAGUUUAUUAUUUUCACUACCUUCAAGUAUCUGUUGUCAAAGCCUGAUUUUGGUACUUUACUUUCUAGUGAUAUCAAUUUUAAGAUUUUCACCAAGAUACUCAUUUAUCUUGCUUUUAGUGCAGGAACUCCACCAAAAGUUUAUCUCUACAUUAAUAAUAAGAGUGAUGAAACUAAGAUAUCAAUGCGAGAAUAUAUUCACCAAAAUGUUAUUGAGUAUGUCCAUAUCCAAGUAAGAGAUUUCCAUUUCAUUGUAGAAUUCAAACAACCAGCUUCAUCAAGCUUUAGUGCAACUGAUAGUAGCUAUGGCGCAAAAGAAAAUCGUGUUAAACAUGGCUCUGAAAACUUCUCAAUUAGAGUUGGAGACAAUCUUCCUUCUGAAAUUUUAGAAUAAAAAUAAUCAUGUUUAUAUUGA